GGCAGAAGUGUCUGCGCCAGGACAAGAGUCAGUCUGCUGUUGGGUCUCUCCCGAUUCAGACACUGGUCCCAAGAUGCGCGGCCCAGCAGUGGUGUGUUUCCUGUGUGUGGUCUGCAGUGGGGGUGACGCUCUAUCUCAGUUUCACACGGACAUGGAGCCAGAGGACCUGCUUCACUACUUCGGCACCCGUCACGCAGAACAAGUCCCUGUGUAUGACGUCGUAAUCCCCAUGCACGUUAGUGGGCGUGGCAUCCAGUCUCCUUUAGGAAAACAGGGGGACUUGAUCUAUGCAGUACACGCCCUGGGAGAAGACUACCGCCUUCAUCUCACACCCAACGACCAUCUCACGGCCCCUGGCUGUGUUGUGAGGACACUGACGGCCAAUAGGACAGCGGUCAUCCACCCCUGCUCAGCCAAUCAUGGUAGCUGUUACUACCACGGGACGUCAGUUUACCAUAAUGAGUCAGCGGUCGCCGUCAGCACUUGUCACGGACUGCACGGGAUUGUCAGCACAAGUGACCAUGACCUUAUGCUCGUGCCAAUACGUCACCGACACGUGCCGCGCGUGCGGCGUGACGUCUCAGGCGGACGCCCCCACGUGGUUUACAGGAGGACGGCGUCAAAACGGUUCUGUGGGGUUGCAGGCAGCUCUGUGUCAGACGAUGUGGAGGGCGGAGGAGGAAGGUCACGAAGGUCAACGGAGACGAAGUAUCUGGAGUUGAUGGUGGUGAACGACCCAGAGAUGUUCAAGUUCCAUGGGGACGACCUGCAAACAUACGUCAUGACCGCUAUCAAUAUUGCGGCGUUGAGGUUUCGAGACAGUUCCCUCGGUCAUGACAUCCGGCUGUCCGUCGUCACCAUGACGAACAUACAGAAACAGGAAGCUGACCUCGAAGUCACCACGGACGCAGACUACACUCUCAACGCAUUCUGCAAAUGGCAGGAGGGCUUUAACCCUGAUGAUGACUACAACCCUCAACAUGCUGAUGUCUCCAUUCUACUUACACGCCUGGACAUCCACAGUCACGGGACGGAGGGCACGGAGGGCCUGGCCGUGUUAGGUGGAGCAUGUGUCAACAUGCAGCGGUGUUCCUACAACCAGGACACGGGGCUCGACCUGGGACUCACUCUCGCACACGAGAUCGGACACAGCCUCGGUGUUAACCACGACGGGGACGGCAACAGCUGCAACGGGAGUAGCUACAUCAUGGCGGCUGGGGGUGGGAACGGUCCGGCGGGAUUCAUCUGGUCAUCCUGCAGCAGCGAGGCCGUCGGCCGCUUCUUGAAGAAAGAACAGUCCUCCUGCCUCAACGACCUUCCCACAGGGGCGACGUUAAAGCUUUUGAACGACAAACCUGGGAUCAUCUACGACGGGGACGCUCAGUGCAAGUUGGCGUACGGCAGCAAAUCCAGGAGCUGCCCCAACACAGACUUCACCAAGCGCUACAACGGGGACGAGUGCGGUGUCCUGGUGUGUUAUGCCCCCAAGGGCGGGAUGUGCGUGACGGAGGGCACCCCCAGGAUGGACGGAACCGAGUGCGCCCCCUCCAAGUGGUGUAUGGGCGGCAAGUGUGUGGACUUCGGCACGAACGGCCCUGACGCGGUGGACGGGGCGUGGUCGGCGUGGGACCCAGCCUGGUCACCCUGUUCCCGGACGUGUGGGGGUGGAGUCACGUACAAGAGCCGAGCAUGUGACAACCCAUCCCCCAAGUUCGGAGGCAAGCCGUGUGAAGGUGUGGGACUCCAGGCCGAGAUGUGCAACCUGCAGACAUGCAACACGAGUCAGGCGAACUAUCUCGCCGAGCAGUGUGCCGCCACCGACGCCAUCCCCUUGAAUGGGGUCAAUCAUCACUGGACGCCCUACCAGGGGACUUCAGAGCCCCCGUGUGAGAUGUACUGUCUCCGUGACAACACCAACAUCCUCACCCGGCGGAGUUCCCAUUUCCACGACGGGACCCUUUGUCUGCGGGAGGAGGAAGGCGUCAACCACCAUCGGUGUCUGGAAGGACAGUGUCGGGAGUUCGGCUGUGACGGCAAGCUAGAGUCGGGACGGCAAUAUGACAGGUGUCUGGUGUGUGACGGCAAGGGUGACACGUGUGAGAAGAGGAAUGGGACCUACAACCAAGGAGAGAAGCGUAAAUACGUCACGUUCGUCACGUUACCCAAAGGCGCCACCUUCAUCAACAUCAUCAAUAAGAACUUCCUCACCCACAUGUCAAUCCUUGUGAACGGAGAGUUGAUGUUCAGCAAGUUUGGGGACUCGCCCGAUCGGUCAGGGACAUACACGACCGCCGGUGUCACCGUGAAGUACAGAUCGCGACCCGAGAAGAUCUCCAUCACUGGACCCUUACCUGAACAGGUAGAAGCACAGGUUUACCGCAUCAUGGGCGACAGUGCCAGCAGCUACGCCGAUGUCGCACCCCGUGUGUCUUACGAGUACUACGUCACCACGAACUCGUUGCAGCCCGCCAACUUCAUGUGGAAGACCCAGACUGGUCAGUGCAGUCAGACAUGCGGCACAGGAACCCGGAUACCGGUUGUGACGUGUGUAAGAGACGACGACUUCUCCGUCGUGGACGAUCAUCACUGCGACAUCAACACUCGCCCACAAGUCGUCGGCGAGCCCUGUAGCACUGAGCCCUGUCCGGCUAGGUGGAAGACCGGUGCGUACUCCGCGUGUUCCCUCACGUGUGGCGGUGGUCUAAUGAGGCGGACGCUGCAGUGUGUCCGCGAGACGUCCGGGGUGGUGGAGGUCUUGGCCAACAGCCACUGUGGCAGACUCGUCAAACCGCCGGAGGCCAGCGAGUGUAAUUCUGAGUCGUGCCCGGGCGUGUGGAGACCCGGAUCCUGGUCAAGUUGCUCCAGGACGUGUGGGCGUGGCGUUCAGAAGCGGGAGAUUUCCUGUUACAAAGAUGCCGAGUCUCUGACAGAGGUUGCAUCCAGCCUCUGUCUCCCCGUGCAGAAACCAACACAACACCAGGAAUGCAUGGACGUGGUGUGUUCUGGAGGAAGCAACUGUGGCAGCGCCUGCAACGACCCCACCAACUGCGUGGCUUAUGGGACGUACGUCUGCCACGCUUACGAGUCCUGGGCCAUGACCAACUGUGCUGCCUACUGUGGCUUCUGCUCCAAGACCUGUGACCAUGGGAACAACACCAUCACUGGCAACCUCGACUGCGACGACGCUGUUGACUGUGUGACGUAUGGCAGCAACGUGUGUCGAUUGUACCAGGAGUGGAGUAAGACCAACUGCCGUAAGUUCUGCGGCAUCUGUAACGGUGUCUGCGAGGAUGUUAAGGAUUGUUCCACCUACGCCAGCAACAUCUGCAGCGAGUACGAGGACUGGAGUCGCGUCAACUGCAGGAAGUUCUGCGGGUUCUGCUUCGGGUCGGUCGUCAGUACUGGUGUCAGCCAUGUUGCCUCUACGACCUCUGACCCCACGUGUGUCGACAAGACUGACGACUGCUCUGGGUACGGGAAGGAGAUUUGCACGGAGUAUCAAGACUGGUCAGCGCACAACUGUCCGCACUUCUGUAACCUGUGCACAGGUUCCAGCACCUCCAGUGCGGCCACCGUAUCCGCCUUGUGCGUGGACACGGAGAACUGUCUGGCGUUUGGCCGGAGUGUCUGCACCGGAUACGUCACGUGGUCCAAGACGCACUGUCCGCGGUUCUGCCGGUUCUGUGGUGUUGACGCUACAGCUUCCACGACGUCAGACUCCGCGACGUCAGAGUCCGCGACGUCAGAGGCAGGAACUUCAGAAUCGUCAUCUUCCGUCAAGCCAAUGUCAAGCAGGUCAGGGUCAAGUACUUCACAGGAUGGCAGAACCCAGACUACACCGGAAACAUGGUCGUCUACAGACGGCGCCUGCGCAGACACGUUGACGUGCGCGAUGUAUGGUGAGAGAGUGUGCACCGACUACCGACCGUGGGCCGUCACCAACUGCCCCAAGUACUGCGAUUUCUGCGGGGGUCAAGGAACGACGCAUGCUGCCUCCUCCUGCAUGGACAACACUGACUGCUCCGGCUACGGCACUGACGUGUGCAACAAAUACACCAACUGGGCGUGGCAGCACUGUCCCCGCUUCUGUGGUCUGUGCGCGGACACCAUGCCAACGGACGUCUCCCCGUGCGCUGACCACCUGGACAACUGUGCUGGGUAUGGACAACAGGUCUGCUCGGACUAUCGGGUGUGGGCCGGGGACAACUGCCGGAAGUACUGCCGGCUCUGUGGAACCACGAAGACGAGACGUUCAGCAGAUGAAGCAGUCCCUCAGCUGUGUAACCGCGUCGUCACGGGGAGCGAUGGCGUCAUAGACGUCAUGGGGAGGCUGCAAGAGAGCACACAGUGCACGUUGACCAUAGUGACCCCCCUCGGGACCAGGAUCAAGCUGGACGUGGAGGACAUGGACAUGAAAUGUAGCAAAGGUGAUCGCCUGUCCCUCAGAGAAGUGGGCGUGGCCAACACAUACCGGCUCUGUGGAAACAAUAAAGACAAAGGGUGGACGUCCGAGGGAAGCAUCGUCAUCCUCGACUUCUACAUCGCCAAACAACGCGAUGGCGCCAGAAUCAGCUACCACAGCAUCCCCGGAGACACGCCCUACACCAGUUGCAGCCAGCAGCUGACCGAUACCUCGGGUACCAUCACCAGCCCUGGGUACCCGGAUGAGUACCCGCCUAACUCCCACUGCAUCAUCUACAUCACCGGGGAGACAGACCAGAAGAUCCAGAUCGCAUUUGACCGUGUGGAACUUCAACAGGGUGACGACUCGUGUCAGCAUGACUCACUGACGGUGUACGACCUUGGUGGGGGCGGGCACGAGACGUACUGUAGCGUGACGGAUCGGUUCAUCUGGGAGUCCACCAGCCCCCAUGUUAAACUGGUGUUCCACUCCGACGACUCGGGCGCCGGCCGUGGCUUCAGGGCCCUGUACACCAUCACAGACAACAUGUGAACUUCUUAUAACAAUUCAGUUAAACAGUUUAGUCAUUUAUCCAAGCUCUACACCGAAGCGUUGUGACAGGAAGGCUGUAAGUGUACUCCUCGCAAACCUGCCUGGAAUAGACUCGAGCAGUGACCGGUCUGAUCAUGGCCGACCAGCACUGGUUCCGUCUUUAUGAAAGUGUAUACCAAUGUGUAGCGUAGUCAGUAGAUGCCAUCGGUAUGUGUUAUGUGGUUUAAUACAUGCAGCUGUCCAUAUGAUUCAUCGUAGACACGUUUUGCAAACCACGAUUUAUUCUUAAUUAAACAUGUGUCAUUUGA